AUGGUCAAGGAAGAAUUCAAAAAUGCCGGUCGCAUUGCGCAUGCCGAUGGAAUGGAACCGGAACAGUCUCGGAAGGUUUUUAUCGGAGGACUUGCUGGUAGUACAGAUGAAGAAUCGUUGAGAAACUUUUAUGGACAAUGGGGUGAAAUCGUUGACUGUGUGGUGAUGCGCGAUCCCCAGACAAAACGCUCGCGUGGUUUCGGCUUUGUCUCGUACGCAACUAUGGCCGAAGUUGAUGUUGCAAUGGGAAAUCGGCCUCAUGAUAUUGACGGAAAACGAGUGGAUCCGAAAAGGGCAAUCCCACGUGAAGACUCAUCGAGAGGCCAAAAACUCCCCACUACAAAUCGUUUGUAUAUCAGCGGAAUUCGUGAUGGGCAUACGGAAGAAAAUCUUCGCGAAUAUUUCACUCAGUACGGAAACGUCGAAAAAGUUGAGGUCAUGCUGGAUAAAGCUACUAAUAAGCCACGUGGUUUUGCGUUUAUCAACUUCGAUGAUUAUGACCCAGUCGAUCGUUGUGUGCUCUUGAAAAGUCACACAAUUGGCGGCUUCAGAUGUGAUGUGAAGAAAGGACUUAGCAAAGAAGAAAUGCAAACGCAAGGUGGUCGGGAUCGUUCGGCUCGCGGUGAACGUGCAGGGGGACCACCAAGUGGUGGCGGUCGUGGAGCAUCUGGUCGAGGAGGUCGUGGCGGAUGGGGAGGAAAUGACGGCGGUCGCGGCGGAUGGGGAGCAGGAGGCGAUGCAGGCGGUGGUCAACGUGGAUGGGGUGGACCCGGCGCUGGAGCUGCUGGUGGCUGGGGAGCAGGAGGAAAUCGUGGCGGCGGCGCUGGUGGAUGGGGAGCUGGCGGAGGAUGGAACUCUCAGCCCGAUGGAGGUUACGGCGGAUCAAGUGGAAAUUGGGGAGCGGCACCAUCAGCACGUCCUACCAGAUACGAGCCACCAUCACCAUGGGCAGCCAACCCUCAACAAGCAGCUCCGAGUGGAUACAGCAGCAGUGGUUAUGGGGCUUCUGCAAGUGGAUACGGCGACUAUAGCGCAUCUGGAUAUGGAGCCUCUGGAUCGAGCGGAUAUGGAACCGGCCAAUCGAACUCUGGAUCUGGUGGCUACAGUGGUUAUGGAGGAGCUUCUUCGAGCUGGGGACAACCCGAUCCAUGGAGGCGU